CUUUGACAUUAUUGAUACGGAGGAGGAUGAUAUCUAUCAAGCUUGGAGGUUUAGGGCUGCCAAGCGCUUGCGAGGUAUGCUCCAUGCCAUUCGCAAAAAAGGUGCCCGUCCAUAUUGGAUCCCACCAGAAGUUCUUGGUGAAUUGAUGAGACGUUGGAACACUGAUGCCUAUAGACAAUUACAGACAAGAAAUACAGCUGCCAGAAAAUCAACUCGAGGUACUUCCCUUCAUACUGCAGGAGGCACCACCUUUCCAGAAGCGAGAUUACGCUUGAAUCAUUCGCUUGGAAGACCAUCACGUAUGGAUGAGUUUUUUUAGCACACUCAUACUCGCAAAGAGGAUAGGACUCAAUGGGUUGAUGAACACUCUCGAAAGACAAAGGAUAUAUUUCAAGAGCGUAUGUUUCAGGCUGAGCAAGAGCGGCAGGCUGCUAUAGAGGCUGGUGUAACUGAUCCACCGCCUGUCUCUGAGGAAAGCAUAUGGAUUGAGACAGUGGGUGGAAAACGAAGAGGUAGGGUAUAUGGUAUGGGUGAGGUAAGGGACUCUUCCAUGGUGCGGCCUCGAGUUGAUGGGCCAACCACGACCACCAGCGCUGAUGUUUUGGAUCUUAGAGAACGAAUCAUAAUACUCAAUAGGGAAGUUGAACAACAUGCCGCUAAAUAUAGAGAGCUUGAAGACCGCUACCAAAGGGAGAAAAGAGAGUGGCAACAGACUGUUGAAUCCUUGCGUGAGGAUCUCAACACCAGUAACUCACAGAUGGAUCAAUUUAGUCAUCAGUUGAGUAGUUUGACUGAGUAUGUGAGAGCCAUGGGUCCUAGUAGUUCUGGAUCACGUGUUCCCCCACCUCCUCCUUUUACUUUCCCAAGCUCUCAGAAAAGCACAGCCCCAGCCCCAGUCCCAGUCCCAACCCCAGCCCCAGGUAGAAAACUCCCACCUAUUCUGCAGCGACCAGGACAACCACAGAGUUCUCAAAGGGAGGAUGAUUCUGACGAUUUUGAUGACUCAGAUGAUUAUUUAGACGAGUAUGAGUAGGUUAUUUAAUUACUUUACUUUGAAUAUUUUGUAUUAUUAGUAGAUUGCAAUUUAAACGAAUAUAAAUCUAAGUUUAGUUAUUUAUCUUGUCUUGAGUCUUUA